AUGAUUGCGGUAACGGUUGGUCUGCUCGGGCUGAUGUUUGGGCACCUGGAUGGACGUGCGCCUGGCGGGAAACCAAGCAACAGACCAAACUGUCUCCAACGGACGGUCUCUCCCAGACUGAUCAACCAAUUACUCUACAAAACAGAAACUCUCACAAACUCUUUACCAGUAAGUAGAAAACUGUUUUCAUUCUGUUUCAAAUCCAUGAAAUAAGUAUUGUUAUGUGCACAGUAAUUGAUUGAAAUGUAUUUUGUUACAGACGUUCCCCAGAAAAAUAUAUGAAAGACUUCUGCCCAAAAUCUGUACAACGUGUGCUAAGGUAUAUUUGUAAAUCAUAUUUGUACAUCAAAACAUAGACUGUUACUGAACUACUUUGGCAUUUUAUUAAACAAGUAAGAGUAAGAGCAAGCAACAAGACUUGAAUUGUUUUCAUUUUAUUUUUUUAGAAACAACUUGGCAUCUGGGAAAUCAACAAGAUAUUGGAUGUCUAUGACAACGUGUUCAACCAGAAAUCUUUGGAACAUCUGUACCCCAAACACUUUGAGGAUCUUCUUGCGAGGCUGGUAAAAGAUGUGCAAUCUUGUGUGAGUAUUGAACUUAUAAGAUAUAUCUUUUUUUUAAUCACCUGUUAGAGGAAAUGUCAUUCCUGUUCAUCUGUUCUGUUGUAUUGUCAUUACAUGUCAAGAUUAAACACUGACAGUUUUGUAGCUUCAGUGAGGCUAACAGAGGUGUGUGAGUUCCUCAAGCGCCUGCGCUAAUCCCAAAGUUGGACUAGUUAUUACUUUACUACUGUAUGUAAUCAGCGAUGUUAAUAUUAUGAAUAUUAUAUUAUUAUAUGUAUUAUGCAUCAAUAUUGAAGGUACAUUUUAAUUUGCAGUGUACAGAACUUAACUUGAUGAACAGGAAUAACAUUUAUGCAAACGGGGACCAAAAAUAAUAGUCUGCCACCUCUACGAUAUAUAUUUUUUAAAGGUUCAAAAUUGAACCCCUCCCAUCACAAAAAGGUUCUGGCUCUAACCUUUACACAAGGGGUUUCCUCAAAGACCCUUUUCAGAGGGGUUCCUCAAGGAACCUUUUUCAACUGGAAAGGUUCUGCCAGUGUGGCAACCCAAAAGGUUAUUCCAGGCACGUUUACUUCUAAGAGUGUAGACUAGCAUGAUGGGAAUGUUUCUAUACCUGCAGAACGCACUGAUCACCCACCCAUGUUAUUCUAAGAUAUUAUAGACGGACAGACAAAUAGAGAAGACUACUGACCAUUCUUACUCUCCACAGCUGGUGGAGUGCCCAACUAGACCAAAAUGGACCAAGACAACCAUCAGGAAGAUGGAGAACACAUUUAAGAAGGUAAAUAUGACUUAUCCAAACCUCUUACACAACUCAACACGGUGCUAUUUGGCAAAGACGCACAGCUCAAAACAAAACUAAUCUCUACAUCUAAUUGACCUGUUUUAACGAUUCCUCAACUGUUGACAUUUACCUGAGAUUUAACUCUUAUCUGCACCUAUGUGCAUUCACAAUCAGUUCCAUCCUCUAUGGCUAUCGUAUCCAAUCAGUUCCAUCCUCUAUGGCUAUAGUAUCCAAUCAGUUCCAUCCUCUAUGGUUAUAGUAUCCAAUCAGUCCAUCCUCUAUGGCUAUAGUAUCCAAUCAGUUCCAUCCUCUAUGGUUAUAGUAUCCAAUCAGUUCCAUCCCCUACGGCUAUAGUAUCCAAUCAGUAGAAAAGUAAAAAGUAAAAGUAGAGUAUGUGUUUAUGAUCUGUUGUUAACUAUUCAUUCACUCUUUUGGCAGCUGGACACCAACGGGACUUACAAGGCCAUUGGAGAGUUCAAGACCGUCCUCCUGUGGAUCAGCGACAUGAGAGAGAGAAAGGGGAGGUCAGAGGAACAAUGCCAGUAG